AUGGCGACGAAACUAUUAUCCCGAUACCCGUGGGCAACCAGCCCCUUCGUCAUCGGCGCACCCAUGCGCGUCAUGUCUGGCCCUGCCCUCGCAGUCGCAGUAUCCCGGGCUGGCGGCUUGGGAUUCAUAGGGCCCGGGUUAAAGACAACAGAUACUGGGGUUGAUCUCGAAGAGGCAUCGUCGCUGAUAGACAAAGCGCGCGCUUCAUCUUUCAAGACCCUAUCUUCAUCAAGUCUCUUGCCAGUCGGGGUGGGCUUCCAGCUUUGGAGCGACGACCUCAGUACUGCUAUGGGCACAAUUGAAAAGUACAAGCCCUGUGCAGUUUGGUUAUUUGCGCCCAAAGAAGGCCAGAAGGAUCUGGACGAGUGGUCACGCAGGAUCCGGGCUGUAUCGCCCGAAACCCAAAUUUGGAUUCAGAUUGGCUCGUUAGGUGAAGCUAAGUCAAUCCUGCAAAGCUCCGAAAAGCCAGACGUGGUCGUUGUCCAAGGGACUGAAUCUGGUGGCCACGGCCGCAUGGCUGAUGGCAUGGGAAUCAUGACUCUGUUCCCCGAGGUGGCCGACACCCUCGCAAGCAGCCACAUUCCCUUGCUCGCAGCUGGUGGCAUCGCGGACGGACGUGGAGUCGCCGCUGCUUUGUGCCUCGGCGCCUCUGGUGUCGUCAUGGGGACCCGCUUUCUCGCCUCCAGUGAAGCACGCAUUAGUCGAGGAUACCAAAAUGAGGUUGUCCGAGCAUCUGAUGGUGCAACGAAUACGACUCGCACACUGCUCUACAAUCAUCUCCGAGGAACGUAUGGGUGGCCCCCGGAAUACAGCCCGCGAACCAUCAUAAAUAAGUCUUUCAUCGAGCAUCGGGCAGGAACCCCUUUUGAAGAACUUAAAAAGCGCCAUGACGAGGCAGCCAAGUCCGGGGACAGUGGAUGGGGCCCCGAUGGAAGACUGGCAACCUAUGCCGGGGCAUCAAUAGGACUGAUUCACAAUGUCUCUGAUGCGGAAAGGAUUGUUCGAGACGUUCGAAAUGACGCAUCGAGACGGAUCCAAGGAUUAGCAGCAGCCUGA